AUGUCAAACCAUAGGCUUGAUCCCAUGGAGCCCAGCUACACGAGCAGCACGCUUAUUCCAAAGAUCCGGCCUUCAACUACGCCAGACCUUCCGGACUACGUUAAGUACGUUUGUCACAAAGCUCUGGCUCUGUCUGCUCCUGGAGCCGAGAAUGCCCAUUGGGACUUCGACUUCGUGGCCUCGCCGCACACACGACAAAGCAGCUUUUUCAGGGUUGCUGGACGCCCGAUGGCAGACCAUUUCCUGGCCUUCUAUAACGCAGCCAUCAUCGCGUAUGGCCAGACGGGUAGCGGGAAAACGCAUACAAUGCUUGGUAACCUGCCCUCUGACAAGGCACCCCGCAGCUGGGCUCAUUCCACGAGUCCUGGGAUACAUCUUCCAGCAGAUUGCUGCCGACAGCAACGGGGGAUCAAACCACAAACACCUGCGAACACUGGUGCUACAGAAUACCUGGUCAAAGCGAGCAUGCUGCAGAUCUACCAAGAGGUGGUGACGGACCUCUUGAAUCCCCGGCAGGUUAAGUUGCAAAUUCGGGAGAGCAUGGAUAGCGGCGUGAUGGUGGUUAACCUGUCAGAGGUCGUGGUGCAUUCAGCUGCCGAGGCUCUCCAGCUACUACGUCACGGCACCUCAAACCGAGCUGUUGCGGAAACGGCAUCCAACCCGGUGUCGAGCCGUUCCCACUGCAUCCUCACGCUGUACAUGGAGGCCAAGGACAAAAUGGACACGGGCGUCGUGCGCAUUAGGCGCUCGCGGUUGCAGCUGGUAGACCUGGCAGGAAGUGAGCGCACGCCCAGGGGCGCCGACUACGGCAGUGCACGGCAGAAGGAGACUAAUGCAAUCAACAAGUCGCUCAGCACGCUGUGCCUUGUCAUCGCGCGGCUGUCAGACCGCAACCGGAACCAGGGACCAGUGCCGUAUCGUGACUCCAAGCUCACUUUUCUUUUGCAGGACUGCUUGGGCGGCAACGCGAAGACGCUCAUUAUCGCCAACCUCAACCCGUCGCCAACAUGCGCCACCGAGACCAACAUCACGUUAGGGUUCGCAUUGCGUGCCAAGCGUGUGCGGAACCGGGCGGUCAUAAAUGAGGACCACCAAGGUGACGCCGUCAUCCUUCAAGGAGAGGUGCAGCGGUUGCGACAAGAACUGUCAAUCUUCAGAACUCUCCACGCUAAGGAUGGGCCCCCGCAAGGUAUCGAGGAGCUGUCCGCGUGGCGCGACCAGACUGCUGCACGCGUCUCGCAGCUGCAUCAAGCCCUGCAGGUUAACGGCGAAUUGGAGGAGAAGCUUGUUGCCAAGGAGGCGGAGUACUCGCGGCUGCGAAUGGAGCACGCGGCCCUGGAGGAGCAGUGCGAGGCGCAACGCUGCGAGAUGUCGGCCCUGGAGGCCACCGUUGAGCAGUGUGAGGAUGAGCUGCACGAGCUGCGCACCCGUCCAACAUUGGCGCAGCUGCAG